CUCCAAACACUUCAACGGAGGUGAAAAAGUGAUGACAAAUGAGUGGGAGGUGAAGGAGAAGAGGAUUUCUACACAUGUGAUGCUGGUGAUGUAAAUCUGCUGCGCUGUGUUUCUCCUCUCUUCCGGGUCGUCACCUGUCCACCAACACUGAGCAUCACUCCUCCUCUCGCGCUCAGCACCAGCAGCAUCCACGAGCUCCUCUCGUGACACACGCGCUCAGACAAACAUGGUGCCGUUGAGCGACACGUCGGGGUAAAGCAUCCCGAAAGAGGAAGGAGAAAGAAAAAAAAGAAAGAAAGAAAGAAAAAAACGAGAUGGAUGAAGAAUUUACUCGUGAGCAGGAGCAUCUGCUGACUUUCGUGAGGAAACUCAAAGAGGUGUUCGACGUGUGUGACGAGGACUCGGACGGUUUCAUCCGUCCUGAACACCUGGUGCAGCUCGGGUGUCAUUUCGGUCAGGCAGAACAGGUGAGGAAGUUGGCAAAAUGUCUGGACCCCGACUCUCAUGGGAGGAUCAACUUCAAAGACUUCUGCCGUGGUGUCCUCACCAUGAAAGGUUAUGUCGGGAUGAUUAAAAAGAAAAGUAUGUCACAGUUCAUCAGGCAGCCACUUGAAACGGCAAAGAGUUUCUAUCAGGGUGUCGAGGAGGAGCCGGUCUGUCCGGUCAUCAUGUGCACACGGGUUGAUCCUGACCCCGUCCCUGAGUGCCAGCUGUUCCCAGGAGAGGUGGAGGAGCCAGAGGAGGAGGUGGCAGACGAGGGCAGGGAGAGGGAAUCAGACAGAGACAGUGCUGUGGAAAGCACCCAAGGGUCGGACACCUCCGAAGGCCUGAUCAGACCGGGAGACAAAGAGGACGUACUGGGGGAUCUGUUUUUCCCCGGGGAGAAGUGUGGUCAGACCAGCAUCUCAGUGACCUCCGACUUAUCGACGCGUUCCUCUGCUUCUCUGAACGAGGAGCAGUUUGAGGACUACGGAGAAGGGGAGGAACCGGACUACAUUCCCAGCAGCCCCUGCCCAGACGACGAAAUUCGCACCAACGGAUACUCCGACCUCGGCUCAUCUGUUCCCUCUAGUGCAGGCCAGACUCCUCGUAAGGUGCGUCAGCAUUACACUGGGGAAAUGAUGGAUGUCUACUGUUCCCAGUGCAGCAAAAAGGUCAACCUGCUCAAUGAUCUGGAGGCUCGCCUCAAAAACCUCAAGGCUAACAGCCCCAACAGGAAAAUCUCCAGCACUGCGUUUGGCAGGCAGCUGCUUCACAACAGCAACUUGAGCAGCAGUAACGGCAGCACAGAGGACCUUUUCAGAGACAGCAUCGACUCCUGCGACAUCGACAUAAAUGAGAAGGUGAGCUAUCUGGAGAAGAAAGUGGCAGAACUGGAGAAUGAGAUUCUGAUGAACGGUGAUCUCAAGUCCAAGCUGAAGCAGGAAAACACACAACUAGUGCACAGGGUUAAUGAGCUGGAGGAGCAGCUUAAAGACCAGGAGACGCGAGCAGAACAAAGUGUGCAGGAGGAGUUGAGACGACAUCGAGAGGCCUACAGCAAGAUGGAGAGGGACAAGAACACACAGAUAGAGCUGCUGACCAACCGAGUUCGACAACUGGAGGACGAGAACAGUGACAUUUCUAUGAACAUGUGCAGACUCAAAUCACAGACAGAGAAACUGGAUGAGGAGAAACAGAGGAUGACAGACAAGCUGGAAGACACCAGUUUGCGGCUAAAGGAUGAGAUGGACCUCUACAGGAAAAUGAUGGACAAACUGAGACAGAACAGAUACCAGUUCCAGAAAGAGAAGGAAGAAAUGCAGGAGCUGAUAGAGGACUUGCGUCGAGAAUUGGAGCAUUUGCAGCUCUUCAAGCUGGAGACGGAGAGGCCUGGCCGCAGCGGCAGCUCUUCAUCAGGGCUGGCGGACUUCAACACCAGGACCAGGGAGGUGGAGCUGGAGCACGAGGUCAAGCGGCUCAAGCAGCGAUUUGUGUCCCAGGACUUUCUCCCCCCUGAAUUCCAGCACCUGGUGUUAUCUGGGGCUCGGCUCCGUCCUGGUCUGAUGGAGAACCAGAAGCUGAGGGAGCAGAACGAUGAGCUCAAUGGUCAGAUCCUCAGCCUCAGUCUGUAUGAAGCCAAGACCCUGUUUGCCACACAGACCAAGGCCCAGUCUCUAGCUGCAGAGAUAGAUAACGCCUCCAGAGACCAGCUAAUGGAAGCCCUGAAGGAGCAGGAAGAAAUCAACAUACGACUGCGACAGUACAUGGACAAAAUCAUCCUGUCCAUUCUGGACCACAACCCCUCCAUCCUGGAGAUUAAGAACUAGCAGUGACUCAACUGGAAUGAGAACAUUUCCCGGUUUCAGGAAAAUUAUCAUUCCAGUUGUUUGAUGAGAACCUGCACACUGGGGUUAGGAAUCUGUACAGGAAUGCAGAGAGAACCAGAGCCAGUCUUGGAACCUGGAACAUAUAAAUAGACACACGUCGCCCCCUGCUGUUUGUGGCAGGGAAAAGAAGAACUUCUGCACUGAGCUAAAGGGAGAUUUUUUUUUCAACAAGUUUUUGCUCUCUGGCUGUAGGUCAAACUACUGUGAGUCUUCAGCUCCUACCCUGCUCUGUUUUUUAUUCGCUGUCGAUGCUGUGAACUGUAGCUACUGUCACAACUUUGAACUGGUGUUGCACUCAACAUGUUCUUGGUGUAGAACACUGGACACGUACCUAAAACAUAAAACUGGAACAUGUCACAAGCCUGACGUGGAUUCUACUGCAUCCUGGUGUAAUAUUAGCUGCUUUAUCCACAGACAAACAGUUUGGUGUGAUAUAGAGAGAAUCAGUCAUGAGGCAGACAAGCAAGUUGGCAGCGAGACUGUUAACCCGACUCUCAGAGGCAUGAAGGCAAAACCAGUCGAGUGUUGCCUGAUCGGUAAACUGCCCAGCUUUUGUCCUCUUGUCAUAUAGGUGUUCUCCGAACAGUGCACGUUGAUGACGUGUUUGGACAGGUACGUUUUAAGAGAAGACAGUGGCAAGUGAUCAGAGAGAAUGAAACAGUGAGAACCCCUAUAAUUAGAAGGGAAGCAGGAAAUUUUGAAUCGGAAUGAGCCGAGUUGGGUACUCAGGUGAUGGGCCCAUGUAUGGUAGCAAAGGAGGGUAUUGGUGAAGUUGUAAAUGGCGAAUCAAAGGUGAUUUUUCUUGAGAACAUGUCUUCCAGUAACCUUGCAGUGUCAAUCAGUCCAAUAGUGAAUAUUCUUUCACUGAGAAGUGGCCCUUAGUUGGUGCUGGUGAGCAGUCGAUUGUCACUUUACGGAGCAGAAGCUGCAACCAAGGAGUGUCUUUAAACUGUAAUUUCCAUGGCUGCCAUCUGCUAGCAAUGCACGAUCUUGAAAAAGGUCCACCACUGCUAGCAAUAGAUCCAACGAUGUUGCACAGAAAUGUAAGGAUAUGAAUGUACAGGACGAGUGGUGGAUUUGUGUGGAAGUGACUGGUAGCCAUUGUAACAUGGUUUACUGAAUCAUCUCUCAAAGCUCAGUGAAAUCAUCUCAGAUAUUGUAUGUGAUCAUGCACAGGAGACUGACUUUUUGGUACAAACGACUGGAUUAGCAAUCUCAUCGAAGCCUACAGGUUGCUGAUUGUUUUUUUUAACACCCAGAUAACUCUCUGAAACGCUCUAAUACUGUAAAUAUCAUGAAUGUAUGACUGGAUAUUUCAAUUUCAGCCCAAAAAAGGCUUUCUGACUUCAAAUCUCUGUCAUAGGUUAAUAUGCGUUGUGAUACACAUGUACAGUAGUCAGUACUGUAAUGAGGGCAUUGUUUUAGAGAGGGGGAAACAAUUUCAAUCUGCUGUAUUAUGUAAUUAUUCUUAACUUGAGUUUUGCUUCCUUGCACAAAAAAAAGACUUUGUUUCCUUUUGCAUGGUUCACCUUUUUCUUCUGUCUGUGCCUUUUUGAGGACAUUUUUCAAGAUGACGUUGCGAUAGAUUUACAUCGUUUUCAGAAGCUACAUUACUAUGCUAGCUACUACUAUGUCUAUGUCUGACAUAUUUUCCUGACUUGUAAAUGUUGUAAUUAUAUAGUGAUAAUUUGUAUUCAUGUGCCACUCACCACUCUUUUUCAGAUUGAUACUAUGAAAACAAUUUUAUACAGUUUUAUCAAGAAAGAACUCGUGGUUGCCUAGGUGUCCUAUUAGAAAAGCGAUAUAGCACAGUGCUUUGUAUGGUACGCAGACCAGGUUAGCAUUUUGGCAAUAUUUUGUCGAGGAUUUUUUUAUGCCGCGGGGGAUGUUUUGUUGCAUUUCUCAAUUUUCUUUCUGUUAGUCACUGUGAGUCCAUUGCUGUUCAGUUUGCUUUAAACUGGCUUUUUAUAUGUUUGCAAACUGUCUUCCUAACUUCGACUAAAUGGUGAGCAUUAUGAGCAAUAUUAACUUAUUACCUGCUGAUUUUUGUCUCUGUUCUGCUUCACAGAUCUUUACACUCUGAACGGUACAUUAAGCUGUAAAAUGUGUCAGAAACUCAUUUCCUGUAGCUCUUAAAUUUUGACUCAUUGGGGCUAUCCAAUGCAAUGUAGUCAUUAUAAAUAGCAAUAAAAAUGGCUUUGGCAGUGA